AUGUAUUUGGAAACUAGAAGGGCUGUUUUUGUUCUUUGGAUUUUUCUCCAAGUUCAAGGAAUCAAAGAUCUCUCCAUUAAAAUAUACAGUUCUGAAAUUAAAGACAUAGACAAUGCCGCAAGAAUUGAAACAACCGAAAAUACUGGAAAAUUUUACAAAGUGUCAACAAUGAGACGAAUAUUCGAUUUGGCAAAGCCUCGAACCAAAAGAUCAUCAUUUUUCCCAACUGGGCUUAAGGUCUGUCCACAGGAAUCCAUGAAAGAGAUUUUAGCAAGUCUUCAAGCUUAUUAUAGACUGAGAGUGUGUCAGGAGGCAGUGUGGGAAGCGUAUCGGAUCUUCCUGGAUCGCAUCCCUGACCCAGGGGAAUACCAGGACUGGGUCAGCAUCUGCCAGGAGGAGACUUUCUGCCUCUUUGACAUCGGGAGAAAUUUCAGCAACUCCCAGGAACACCUGGAUCUUCUUCAGCAGAGGAUAAAAGAGAGAAACUUCCUUGAGAGACAAGAUGAACUAUCCACAAAGGAGACGUUAGGAGAGCCUGGUGAAACCCCUGAGUUUUCAACAGACAUUGCCAGUGUCUCACCCGGGUCCCUGCCUCUCCCUCCUGAUGACACACUCCUCAACGAAAUCGUCAACACCCUCCCGGACACCAAGAUGCCUACAAUAGAGAGGGAAGUAGAAUUCACUGAUGCCGCUGAGCAUGCGCUAGAGCAGAAGGUGGAGCUAAGCAUCUCUCUGGCAAAGCAGAAGUUCAAGGAAGAGCUCACCGACUCGCAGUCCCCGUAUUACCAGGAGGUUGCAGCCAAGUCUCAGCUUCAGAUGCAAAAGGUAUUUAAGAAACUUCCAGGAUUCAAAGAAAUCCAUGUGUCAGGAUUUAGACCAAAGAAAGAAAGAGAUGGGUCAAGCUCUACAGAGAUGCAACUUACAGCCAUCUUUCAGAGAGACAAGGCAGAAGCAAAAAGCCCUGCAGGGGACCUCCUGUCUUUUGAUUCCAACAAAAUUGAAAGUGAAGGAGACCUUCAUGGAACGAUGGAGGAAGACAAGCAAAUGGAAAUCUACCCCACAGCUUCAGACCUCAGAAAGCUGAUCAGCAAAGCACUGGAGGAAGACCAGUCCUUGGAUAUGGGGUCAAUUCAGUUCACUGAUGAAAUUGUUGGGUCUUUGCCAGGUCUUGAUCCUGACACCCAAUCGGUGCUGCCCACUCUCCUCGCUGACAUCACAAAGGUUGCUACUCUGAGUCCAGAACUUCCUCUUGGUCAACCCAUGCUGGAGACAGAGGACAGAGCAGGACAGAGUCUACCUGGUGAUUCUUGGUCUCCACCUGCUGUGGCCUCCACCUCCCUAUCAGAAACUCGACCUUUUUUUACUUCAUCAAGCAUCUUUUCUCAGACUGAUAAAAGUGCCACAGACAUAAUUUCCCUUGAUCAGACAGUACUAAUCCCACGGCUAACCAUCCCCACCGAUGAUUAUUCUGCCAUCAGCCAAUUGGCUCAGGAAAUUUCACAUUCACCUGCAUCUUCAGAAGACAGCAGGUUGAGUAUCAGCAGUCAAGAUACAGUCGGAGACUUAGACGGAACGGAUCUCACCAGCACUCACGCAUCCUCUGAGGUACUGGGAUUCAGUGGGUAUGUUUCCACCCUGGAUCAUUUCUUGGAGAACAUCACUCCUGGCCCAGCUUUGCAGUACAUCACCACCAGCGCCAUGACCGUCGCCGCCAGGGGCCGAGAGCUGGUGGUGUUCUUCAGUCUGCGUGUGGCCAACGUGCCCUUCUCCACUGACCUGUUCAACAAGAGCUCACUGGAGUACCAAGCUCUGGAGCAGCGAUUCACACAACUGCUGGUUCCAUAUCUACGAUCCAAUCUCACGGGUUUUAAGCAACUUGAAAUACUUAACUUCAGAAAUGGGAGUGUGAUCGUGAAUAGCAAAAUGAAGUUUGCUAAUUCAGUGCCAUAUAACCUGACCAAGGCUGUGCGAGGGGUCUUGGAGGAUUUUCGUUCUGCGGCCGCACAGCAGCUCGAUCUGGAAAUAGAUAGCUACUCUCUCGAUGUGGAACCAGCUGAUCAAGCAGACCCCUGCAAAUUCCUGGCCUGUGGCGAAUUUGCCCAGUGUGUGAGGAAUGAGUGGACCGAGGAAGCCGAGUGUCGCUGCCGAGCGGGGUACCCUGGGCCCUGUGCCUCCGGAGAAGACUGUGACGACACCCCAGGGAAGGGAGCGCCGUGCAGGUCACCAGAUCAAUCUAGAAACCAAGUGUAUGAAACUAGUGUUAAAAAGUUCCAAAAUCAGCAAAAUAACAAGGUAACCAGGAAAAGAAAUUCUGAAUUACUGACUGUAGGAUAUGAAGAAUUUAACCAUCAAGAUUGGGAAGGAAAUUAA